GCAGGGCCCAGAGCUCAACAGCCUUCCCAUGCAUGUUGGCCGUCUCCACCAACUUUGAAAAAUCAAACUUUCUGGCCCCAACCAGGUGUUGCUGUGGCCUGCUUAUUUCCCAACAUAUUCCACCUCUUCCGAGUAGCACUCCCAACAAAAAUGCAGAGGAAAAUAAACAAGUGGAGACACAGCCAGAGAAAUGGUCUGUCAGUAAACAUACCCAACUCUAUCCCACAGAUUCCUAUGGGAUGCUGGAAUUUCAGGGAGGUGGACAUUCAAACAAAGCCAUGUAUAUCCGUGUGUCAUAUGACACCAAACCAGAUUCACUUCUUCAUCUUAUGGUGAAAGACUGGCAACUAGAACUUCCCAAGCUUUUAAUCUCUGUUCAUGGGGGACUCCAGAACUUUGAGAUGCAGCCAAAACUGAAGCAGGUAUUUGGAAAGGGGCUAAUCAAGGCUGCUAUGACAACAGGAGCCUGGAUUUUCACAGGAGGAGUCAGUACUGGUGUCAUUAGCCAUGUAGGCGAUGCCUUGAAAGACCAUUCUUCAAAGUCCAGGGGCAGGAUCUGUGCCAUAGGGAUUGCUCCAUGGGGCAUUGUGGAAAACAAGGAAGACCUCGUUGGAAAGGAUGUGUCAAGGGUUUAUCAAACCAUGUCAAACCCUUUAAGUAAACUUUCUGUGCUCAACAACUCUCAUACUCACUUCAUCUUGGCGGAUAAUGGCACGCUUGGUAAAUAUGGAGCAGAAGUGAAGCUCCGGCGACAACUGGAAAAACAUAUCUCUUUACAAAAGAUUAACACUCGACUAGGACAAGGUGUUCCUGUCGUUGGCCUCAUUGUUGAAGGGGGUCCCAAUGUGAUAUCCAUUGUCCUGGAAUGUCUUCGAGAAGAUCCCCCUAUUCCUGUUGUGAUUUGUGAUGGCAGUGGGAGAGCAUCAGAUAUUUUGUCUUUUGCACACAAGUAUUGUGAAGAAGGAGGGAUAAUAAGUGAUUCCCUCAAGGAUCAGCUUCUAGUUACCAUUCAGAAAACAUUUAACUACAACAAGAUUCAAUCCCAUCAGCUGUUUGUAAUUAUCAUGGAAUGUAUGAAAAAGAAAGAACUUGUGACUGUGUUCCGAAUGGGUUCAGAAGGCCAACAGGAUAUAGAAAUGGCAAUUUUAACUGCUCUGCUAAAGGGUACAAAUGCAUCAGCUCCUGAUCAGCUGAGUUUGGCUCUUGCCUGGAACCGUGUUGACAUUGCACGAAGUCAAAUCUUUGUCUUUGGACCACACUGGCCGCCUUUAGGAAGCCUGGCACCUCCUGAUAGCAAAGUACCAGAGAAGGAAAAGAAAUCUCCAGCUGCUGCACCAGCCAAAGGGGGAAGGGGUAAAGGCAAAGGCAAAAAGAAAGGGAAAGUCAAAGAAGAAGUAGAAGAAGAAACUGAUCCACGAAAGAUUGAACUCCUGAACUGGGUGAAUUCUCUAGAGCAAGCUAUGUUGGAUGCUUUGGUUUUAGAUCGGGUUGACUUUGUGAAACUUCUUAUUGAAAAUGGAGUCAAUAUGCAACACUUUCUCACUAUUCCACGGCUAGAAGAACUUUAUAAUACAAGGCUGGGUCCACCAAACACACUUCAUUUGCUUGUGAGAGAUGUGAAAAAGGGAAACCUCCCACCAGACUAUCACAUUAGCCUGAUAGAUAUAGGUCUUGUACUAGAAUACCUCAUGGGUGGGGCCUACCGCUGCAACUACACUCGGAAGAGUUUUCGGACCCUGUACAACAACUUGUUUGGACCAAAGAGGCCUAAGGCUCUUAAACUUCUAGGGAUGGAGGAUGAUGAGCCACCUACCAAAGGGAAAAAGAAGAAGAAGAAGAAAAAGGAAGAAGAAAUAGACAUUGAUGUGGAUGACCCUGCAGUCAGCCGUUUCCAAUACCCUUUCCAUGAACUAAUGGUGUGGGCUGUACUGAUGAAGCGGCAAAAGAUGGCAAUAUUCUUGUGGCAGCGAGGGGAAGAGUCCAUGGCCAAGGCCCUAGUGGCAUGUAAACUCUAUAAAUCCAUGGCCCAUGAAUCAUCAGAGAGUGAGCUGGUUGAUGAUAUUUCUCAAGAUUUGGAUAACAAUUCCAAAGACUUUGGCCAGCUGGCUGUUGAGCUGUUGGACCAGUCCUAUAAACAUGAGGAACAGAUUGCCAUGAAACUCCUGAACAUAUGAGCUAAAAACUGGAGCAACUCCACCUGCCUGAAAUUGGCUGUGGCAGCCAAACAUAGAGACUUCAUCGCCCACACCUGUAGCCAAAUGCUGUUAACAGAUAUGUGGAUGGGACGGCUCCGGAUGAGGAAAAACCCGGGUCUUAGGUAUUUUCAUACUGUCAUAAUGGGGAUUCUUUUCCCCCCUACAAUUUUGUUCUUGGAAUUUCGCACCUAUGAUGACUUUUCAUAUCAAACAUCAAAGGAAAAUGAAGAUGGCAAAGAAAAAGAAGAGGAGAAUAUGGAUGCAAAUGCUGAUGCUAGCUCAAGAAAAGGGGAUGAGGAGAAUGGAAACAAAAAGCAAAGGAGUAUUCCCAUUGGAACCAAAAUUUGUGAAUUCUAUAAUGCCCCUAUUGUCAAAUUCUGGUUUUACACAAUAUCUUAUCUGGCCUACCUACUGCUAUUUAAUUAUAUUAUUUUGGUGAGGAUGGAAAGAUGGCCCUCUCUACAAGAAUGGAUUGUUAUCUCCUAUAUUGUGACUCUCGCUUUAGAGAAAAUAAGAGAGAUACUGAUGUCAGAACCAGGCAAACUCAGUCAGAAAGUGAAAGUCUGGCUUCAGGAAUACUGGAAUAUCACUGACCUUGUGGCCAUCUCAGUGUUCAUGAUUGGGGCAGUUCUUCGCCUUCAGAAUCAGCCAUACAUGGGCUAUGGCAGAGUAAUAUAUUGUGUGGAUAUCAUUUUCUGGUACAUCAGAGUCCUGGAUAUCUUUGGUGUGAACAAGUACCUGGGCCCCUAUGUUAUGAUGAUUGGAAAAAUGAUGAUUGAUAUGCUCUAUUUUGUGGUCAUCAUGCUGGUUGUCCUGAUGAGCUUUGGAGUAGCCCGACAAGCCAUUUUACACCCAGAUGAGGAACCUUCUUGGAGACUAGCCCGUAACAUCUUCUACAUGCCCUAUUGGAUGAUCUAUGGAGAGGUGUUUGCAGACCAGAUAGACCUCUAUGCCAUGGAAAUUAAUCCUCCUUGUGGAGAAAACCUGUUUGAUGAAGAUGGCAAAAGGCUUCCUCCCUGCAUUCCAGGGGCCUGGCUCACCCCUGCUAUCAUGGCUUGUUAUCUUUUGGUAGCUAAUAUUCUGUUGGUCAAUCUGUUGAUAGCUGUUUUCAACAAUACCUUCUUUGAAGUAAAGUCAAUAUCCAAUCAGUUUGGAAAUUCCCAGAGAUACCAGCUGAUCAUAGACAUUUCAUGAUAGCCAGUCUUACCUCCACCUAUGAUCAUCUAGCACCUCUACAUAAUCAUCAUGCGCCUCAGUAGAUGUAGAAAAAAAAGAGAAGGGGACCAUGAACGGGAUCGGGGAUUGAAAUUAUUCCUAAAUGAUGAAGAACUUAAGAAGCUACAUGAAUUUGAGGAACAGUGUGUGGAGGAAUACUUUCAAGAAAAAGAGGAUGAGCAGCAGUCUUCCAAUGAUGAGAGGAUCCGAGUUACAUCUGAAAGAGUUGAAAAUAUGUCAAUGAGAUUAGAAGAAGUAAAUGAAAGAGAACAUUUUAUGAAAGCUUCACUACAAACUGUGGACCUUCGGCUCUCUCAACUGGAAGAACUAUCAAGUAGAAUGGUGAAUGCUCUUGAAAAACUUGCAGGAAUUGAUAAGUCUGAACUGGUACCAACACGAUCCAGGGCAUCUUCAGAAUGUGAUGCAACUUUUCUCCUAAGACAAAGUAGUAUCAACAGUUCUGAUGGCUAUAGCAUGUAUCGAUACCAUUUCAAUGGAGAAGAGUUAGUAUACGAGGAUAGUGUCAUUCCUCUGUCACCUGGGCCUGCAUUGCGUAAAAAAACCUGUUCAUUUCGUCUAAAGGAAGAAAAGGAUGGUCAAGAAUCAAGGAUACAUCUGGUACCAGAACGUCAGGGAAGCCUUCGUAUGAUAUCCAACACCAAUACAUCAACAACGCAAGAUUGCUGUAAAAUCACAUUAGACAAUGUACAGGAUAUUUUGCCAAACUCUGGUCCAAAUAUUGGUAUUUCGACGAAAGAAGAUGAAAAGCAGCCUAAUUCAAAAAAUGAUGAAACUGUUUCCCAAGGUUUAAAUGAAACAGAUGUUAUGAAUGGACAGGCCAGAUCAGAUUUUCAGAAUACUCAGUUAAAAGUAGAAAGGACAAAGUUAGAAGGAGCUAUUUCUUACCCAUUAGAAAAAACAAAAGUAACACGUUACUACCCUGAUGAAACGUUAAAGACAACUAUGAAGUCUAGAAGCUUUGUGUUUUCUCACGAAAGAAAGCUAAUUGGUGGGGUUAAUAACUGGAGUACAGACUAUAGUUCAAUAAUGGAUCAAGUAUGCCCUACAACGGUUGAACAGUGGACUACGGAAUGGAAAUAUCAAGUUGAAAAGAAAAUUUCUCGAUCUCGUAGUACAGAUUUCUCUUUAACUGUAUCUGAAGCUGCAAUGCAAGCAGAGCAAAAACAGCACUUAACAGACACAGAAGAUGAAAGUGAUGUUAAAGAAGCAGUUCCCAAGGCCUCUCGUUCUUCUCUAGCUGUCAUUGGCAGAACUUCAACUACAACAGAAAACUUAUUGUCUGUGAAACCAGAGCGAACUUAUGGAUUCCCUUCAGUUCGGUCAAAAAGUUUACAUGCUCAUUCUCGGACUGCCAAGUCCAUUCAGGAAAAACUAGACAGACCUGGGCAUGCCAGCAGUGUAACUAACCUAGUAGUUGUGUCUGGAAGUACAGCAGAAGCACAAAAAGCUAAACAAGAGAAAGCCUCCACAGAAACUGAGUGUUAA